AUGCGCUUGUUGACAAUUUAUAUUGCCGAAGCGCAUGCACGUGAUCAAUGGCCGGCUGGAAAAACAAUCUCAUGUGUUGAUCAACCAAAAACACUAGAACAACGACUAGAAAACGCACGUCAAUUCAAGAUAAAAUUCAACUAUGAAAUGCCAAUGGUUGUUGAUAGUAUGGAUAAUACAUUUCAUAGAACUUAUGGUUCAUGGCCAUUUCGUUUCUAUGUAAUCCACGAUGGGAAAUUAGUAUUCAAAGCUGAGCCAGGAGAAACAACGUAUGCUUAUGAUUGGGAUGAAUUAGACACAUGGAUUAACGAUUUCUGUCGAGAAAAAAACCGAUCAAACAUCUUGACUUAG